UAAAAUCUGACAUGUGACAGCAACGCCUGGGCAGAGGAACGCGACCUCAAACUGUUCUGUCCCUAUUUUAUAGCUGCUAUACUAGCAGUUCUCAGCGUCAAUGUUAUUAAGGUACGAGGCCAAAGUUUACAAUACUGCAACGCUAGCCAGCAAAGACUAUAAACUACUAGGAAAAAUCGAGCAAACUUGUUUAAUAAUUAAACCCCGCGAUUGGCAUUGUGGGUGUUUAUCGAAGCAGAAGAAGGUCCACGAAAUCGGAAUUACAGUCAAGUCACUGUGCUGCUAUCAACAGUUGACUGGAAUCCACACGAGAUCUGUUCUGUGAGUUGAUUGGUUCUCAAUCAAAGCAAUGAAGUAAAUCGGCGAAUUUAUCAUUUGUGCAGGAGUCUCUGACGCAAUAAUCCACAUCAACUGCUGUAUAUAAUUGUGCAUCUGUCCAGUGUUCCAUCUAAACCGAUUUUACAUGAACAGAUAAUGGCUUUGUCUCGGGUGUUUUUCCGUUUACAUGGCUAUUUGCGACCCAUAUCGAAAACACAGGCUCCUUUGGUCUCCCGACUCAUACGGACCCAGAAUGAAGCGAGGUGUUGGCAGUGUACUGCUGCUCCACCGUCGACGAGUUGUCGCUGGCAACUUCAGGAAGAAUGCCUUGAGCUCAGCUAUGGAGGACUUGUUAUGCACUUUGACUAUGUGUGGCUACGGGAUCAUUGCCGCUCUGCCUCCUGCUACAACAGCAAGACCAACCAGAGGAACCUAGAUACGUCACAUGUGGAGCUGAACAUAUGUCCCGCCAACACCAGGGUGGAUGAUGAGAAUCUCUUCCUCACAUGGCCUGAUGGUCAUGUGACAAAGUACAACCUGAGUUGGCUGGCUCAGAACAGCUAUGAGGGACAGAAGCAGAGUGCCAUGCAGCCACGCAUCAUCUGGAACUCUGACAUCUAUGCCAAUGCCAAGGUGUCCCCUGCCAAUUGGGACACGUUUAUGACCUGUGACGAUGAACUGAAGAAGUUCCUCAGGAACUUUCUGCUGUAUGGCAUUGCUUUUGUGGAGGGUGUCCCACCAACUGUUGAGGCCACAGAGACUGUUACCCAGAGGGUCAGCCUCAUCAGGGAGACUAUGUAUGGCAAGAUGUGGAACUUCACUUCAGAUUUCUCCCGAGGAGACACUGCCUACACCAAACUGGCCCUGGACCGUCACACAGACACCUCAUACUUCCAGGAGCCUUGUGGGAUCCAAGUGUUCCAUUGCCUUAAACACGAGGGAACGGGAGGAAGAACACUACUCGUGGAUGGAUUCUAUUCUGCAGACCAAGUACUCCAGAAGACACCUGACAACUUUGAGCUGCUAGCACGGGUGCCUAUCAAGCAUGAGUACAUUGAAAAUGUCAGCGACCACCGCAACCACAUGAUAGGCAUCGGCCCUGUGCUCAACGUGCAUCCCUGGAACAAUGAGGUGUACAUGAUCCGGUACAAUAACUACGACCGGGCAGUCAUAAACACUAUCCCCCAUGACGUUGUCAAUCGAUGGUAUGUGGCUCACAGACAGUUGACCACAGAGCUGAGGAAGCCAGAGAAUGAGUUGUGGGUCAAACUGAAGCCUGGAAAGGUUCUCUUCAUUGAUAACUGGCGUGUCUUGCAUGGUCGGGAGUCCUUCACAGGCCUGCGGCAACUGUGUGGCUGCUACCUGACCAGAGACGACGUCUUGAACACUGCCCGCUCCCUGGGUCUGCAGGCCUGAGUGAAGAAGAGUCUCCAGCCAAAAGCUGCAGCCCUGCUUCCUCAGAAUACAGCCGAAUACAACAAGCCCUUAACCAACAAUGCAGUUCAAGAAAUAGAGUUAAGAAAAUAUUUACUAAAUAAAGUUUUAAAAAUGUAAUCAAAAAGUAACACAACAUAUUUACAUAACAACAACGAGGCUAUAUACAGGGAGAACCGGUACCGAGUCAAGGUGUGGGGGUACAGGUUAGAGGUAAUUUGUAAAGUGACUCUGCAUAGAUAAGUAACAGUUAGUAGCAGCAGUGUAAAAACAAGGGGGGGGGGGGGUCAAUGUAAAUAGUCUGGGUGGCCAUUUGAUUAAUUGUUCAGCAGUCUAUGGCUUGGGGUUAGAGGCUUUUAAGGAGCCUUUUGAUCCUAGACUUGGCGUUCCAGUACCGUUUGCCGUGUGGUAGCAUAGAGAACAGUCUAUGGGUGACUGGAGUCUUUUACUAUUUUUAAGUGUUUAAGUGAAGAACAUGGACUGUGAUCUGCAUUAUGCAUGCAUAUGCUCUUGUUAGAACAACAAUCAUGUUUUGAACUGGAACUUAACAUAUUGAGAUGUUUAACAUAUUGGCUUUGUUUUAGGGAUUAGUUUCUAAUCUUAAAAUAUUAUAGUAUGUCUCAAUCACUACAAUUACCAGACAUUUUGGAUUCAUGUAUUUAGGAACUUUUGCCUUUUUCAAUACCCUUUUUCUUGAUUUGAUUGAAUAAUCAAACCUUAUCCCAGUCUGCUGUUCCCACAUGCUUCAAGAGGGCCACCAUUGUUCCUGUUCCCAAGAAAGCUAAGGUAACUGAGCUAAACGACUACCGCCCCGUAGCACUCACUUCCGUCAUCAUGAAGUGCUUUGAGAGACUAGUCAAGGACCAUAUCACCUCCACCCUACCUGACACCCUAGACCCACUCCAAUUUGCUUACCGCCCCAAAAGGUCCACAGACGGCGCAAUCACACUGCACUAACCCAUCUGGACAAGAUGAAUAUCUAUGUGAGAAUGCUAUUCAUCGACUACAGCUCAGCAUUUAACACCAUAGUACCCUCCAAACUCGUCAUCAAGCUCAAGACCCUGGGUCUCGACCCCGCUCUGUGCAACUGGGUACUGGACUUCCUGAUGGCCGCCCCCAGGUGGUGAGGCUCUAUCACCGCCUGGUACGGCAACUGCUCCGCCCACAACCGUAAGGCUCUCCAGAGGGUAUUGAGGUCUGCACAACGCAUCACCGGGGGCAACUACCUGCCCUCCAGGACACCUACACCACCCGAUGUCACAGGAAGGCCAUAAAGAUCAUCAAGGACAACAACCACCCGAGCCACUGCCUGUUCACCCCGCUAUCAUCCAGAAGGCGGGGUCCGUACAGGUGCAUCAAAGCAGGGACAGAGAAGCUGUUUUUCAGUCUCUAUCUCAAGGCCAUCAGACUGUUAAACAGCCACCACUAACAUUGAGUGGCUGCUGCCAACAUACUGACUCAACUCCAGCCACUUUAAUAAUGGAAAAAUUUAUAUAUCAAAUGUAUCACUAGCCACUUUAAACAAUGCCACUUAAUAUGUUUACACACCCUACAUUACUCAUCUCUUAUGUAUAUACUGUACUCUAUACCAUCUACUGUAUCUUGCCUAUGCUGUUCUGUACCAUCACUCAUUCAUAUAUUUUUAUGUACAUAUUCUUCAUCCUUUACACUUGUGUGUAUAAGGUAGUUGUUGUGAAAUUGUUAGGUUAGAUGACUCGUUGGUUAUUACUGCAUUGUCGGAACUAGAAGCACAAGCAUUUCGCUACACUCGCAUUAACAUCUGCUAACCAUGUGUAUGUGACAAAUAAAAUUUGAUUUGAUUCUA